GUGUUAGUGAUAUAGACACACACAUACACAUAGGUGCACUAAUGUGUGUUUUCAUCAGUCACAUGUGAAAAGACCAACCCAGCCUUGACACACCAGGCCUAUUGUCAGAGCAUCCGUUGAAGAGCUGACGUCAUGGCCUGUGCUAGGAGGGAAGAGGACUGGGCACGGGGCAUGAGCAAGUGGGACUGAGUUGGCAACAUCAAGUAACAACUAAACAACAUCAAAAUGAGUGUCAACACUGUAAGGUUUGUUGUGGGUCUACUUGGUGUCUUUGGAUGGUCUCUGACACUCUCAUCAGCCACCCAAGUGGGUCUGAGCGACAAAGUCCUGGUGUUUCCUUAUGAGACAGACUUUAGCUUUGUGGCCCUGAUCCCGCAGAAGGAGAUGGGGCUGAGGGCCUUCACUCUCUGCAUGCGGGUGGCCACUGAGCUGCCGGAAGAACGUCAGAUCAUCCUGUUCGCCUACCGCACAACCGACUAUGACGAGCUCAACGUGUGGCGUGAGCAGGACGGGCGCAUCUCCUUUUACAUGAGCGGUGACGGCACCUUCUUCCACCUGCCGCCCCUUACCACCUUCCGCACCAGCCUCUGCCUGACCUGGGAGUCUCGCACAGGCCUCACUGCUUUCUGGGUGGAAGGGAAACGCAGCACCUAUCAGGUCUACAAACCUGGGCACAGCAUCCGUCCAAAAGGCACCGUCCUCCUGGGCCAGGACCCAGACAAACACCUGGGAGGUUUAGAGGCCAUGCAGAGCUUUGUAGGGGAAAUAACAGACCUGAAUAUGUGGGACUUUGUGCUCUCCAGGAGCAUGAUCCAGGCCUGGCACUAUGGACACAAGGUCCCCAAGGGUAACAUCUUUGACUGGGGCAAUAUGGAGUAUGAGCUGAAUGGUAACGUGAUGGUGGUGGAUGAUGACUGACUCGAUGUGGAAUUGAAUGCAGAGAGGGAUUUAGAGGUCUGUGUUGGACUCAUACUGACAUGUGUAAUUUUCUUUCUUAGAUUCAAUGUUCCUUCAUGUUAGAGCUCGUCUACUGUUCUUCCAUAAAGUCCACACGUCUCUGUUUCAAUACUGCAGGAAGAACCUCUUCGUAGGUAAGGAAAAUAGAAAGGAUGAACAUGCUCCUAUAUGUAACCUGUAACUAUCUUCAGCAGCAAAAUACACCGGCAACCAAAAACAAUACUUGGUGGUACACAGAAGUCAGUUGUUUUGCAUCAGUAACCAUUUGCUAAAUAGUUUUGGAUCAAUAUCAAUCUUCUAAUGUUUAUGUAUUUUAACUAGUCUUUUUUGUAUCUCAAAGCUUCAUCUUUUUAUGGAACAGAUGGUAAACAUCAAGCACAAAAUGUUGAUGUGCUGGAUGUAUCCAUAGGGUGGCACUCUGUACUAGUUCAUGUCGAACAGAAACUCUGGGAAGAGAAGCAUUGUCAUGCCUCCUCUGAUGUGAUUUGGCAUAGUUAGGAGAUGAGGUUAUAAACCAAAAAGUGAUUCAAAUGUUGCCGCUAUAGGAGCAAAUUUCAACAAAUAUGCAUUUAAUUUAUCAAAUGCAAUGUAACUAUAAUUUAAAAAUGUACAGGUUUUUGUCUGAUUUGAACAUAUUGUAACAAUAACAACAUAUAUAAAAUUAAACCUGCUGUAAUUCAUUCAAUUAGUACACAUUUGUUUUGUACAAUGCUAUUGAUCAUGAGGAUGUAAAGGGGAUAAUAAUACAGCAAACUCUGAGAUGCAUGAAUUCUACUGUAGACUUAAUGAUUUAACUGCACUCAGAGACAAAUAACAAUUAUCAUGUUUAAUAUCCAUCGCCAUAAUGUUGCCUUCGGUUAGGUACUCACUCAUGAAUUUUCCAUGUUUCAACUGAUGUAAGAACGCUUUUGGGUCUGAAAUAAAAACUUGCCAUGUGCAUAACUAAUAAUCUUUGUAAUUAAAGAGAAUAUUUCUUCUUUGAA